AUGCGUCUAGCCUUGGGACCAGCUACUGCAUCUUAUCCUGUAAAAGAGAAUUCCAUUUUCCAACAACACUCCUUCCGCCCGACAGGGAAGCAGAAUAAGGAUAUGCCGGACGAAUUCACCUCCCUACAUUUCUCUGAAGAGUUCGUCAUCGGCUGUGGAACAGUCUCCAUCGACCUCGCGAAGGACCUCGUGCUCCUCCUUUACUGUCGCAAAAGGCGGCAAUACCAUCUCCCCAAGGGCCGCAAAAAUGUCGGCGAAAGUCUCGAAGACGCUGCGAUCCGCGAGACGUUCGAAGAAUCCGGCCACAAAUGCCAUUACAACGUCUCACACGCCCAUAAAGAGCCACUAGCCGUCCAGCAACGCAGGGGUAGUGGUCCACACCGGAUUAUUUUCUGGUACCUGGCUUCGGCUGAUUCCACGGAGCUGCCAGUCGUGGGCACACAGGAGGCAUGGGAGGAUUUUGAGCCUCACUGGUUGCCUCUUCACGAGGCCGCGGCAAAGCUGGCGCGCGAGGAUGAUCAGCAGGUCGUCCCAAGGGCCGUUCAAGCUGUCCUUGAUCUCAAGAAGAAGAAAGGAAACUUAGAGAAUUGA